CUUCAUGUCUGAAAUAAGUCUCCACACAAAGACGCCCAUUGAUUGAGUGCUGCAAAACCUCGCGGAGAGCAACGUCUCUGAUUCAAAUACCAGAUUUCAUCCAGGGGAGACAGCACACAUCUGAACCAGCAGGCCACAGAGGAACCAAAGGCCUGUCUCACGAUGAAGUUGUCUUUUCCUCUGGCAUUUGUGUUUAUUCUCCCGCUCAUCAGGGCUCAGGUUCCCCACUGGGGACCGUGUCCAGAACCAUCUGUUCAACCUGCGUUCAACCUCAAACAGUUUAUGGGGAGAUGGUUUGAAAUUGCCAAGCUGCCGGCCCAGUUCGAGAAGGGCCGAUGCAUUGAGACCAAUUUCACCAUGGUGACAGACAAUUCCAUUCGAGUGGUCAGCUCUGAAAUACUGAAAGGAGAGUUGAAGAAAAUCAAAGGGACUGGAGUCAUUGAGGACAUGAAGAAUCCGGCCAAGCUGGGAAUAAGUUAUUCCUACGUCCUGCCCUACUCCCCGUACUGGAUCCUAUCCACUGACUACGUGAACACGGCCCUGGUGUAUUCCUGCACGGACAUCCUGAGGCUCUUCCACGUCGACUUCGCCUGGAUCCUGGCCCGAACACGAACCCUGCCCGACGCCACUUUGGAGAAGGCCAAAGAGACCUUCGCCAACAACAACAUUGAAACGAGCAGUAUGAUUGCCAGCAAGCAGCAGGGCUGUGACAAAACCCUCUGAGCAGCAGUGGAAAGGCAACACAGAAUGACGCUGUUGGUGACAAAGGCAGGAGAAGACGAGUUGAUGUUUGACUAAUAUUUUAUGGUGAUUGUAACCAGGAGGGUAGAUUCAGCGCUGUUACUCAGUUUGUGUGCAUGGAGCAGAUUUUACCGCCUUUUAAAGACAAUAAUAAUGUUUAAAGCACAAAAUGACAGCAUGCCUUGAGUGUGUAUUAUAGUUAGUGGUUGUUUUAUGUAUGAAAGUCACAGCUUAACCACCUUUUUAUUUGCACUAGUUGUGAUAUGACAAGGUGAGAGAAAUGUUGUUGCACAGUUUUGACAGGAAAGCUGUUCAUUUUGUUAAAAAGAUUGUUUCCUUCCCAGUGUAUAGAGACAUGUACUCAAACCAUAUAAAGUAAAUCUGAUGUUCACGCCACAUAGUGGAAACACAAAGUUUCUUUUUAGAACAAAUAAAGUCAGUCAAAGUAA